AUGGCUUCUUUUAAAAGGGUGGCUCUUCUCGGUAAAGGUCUCCUGGGAACUGCCGUCCUUGAGGAGCUAGUCAACGCCGGGUUCGACGUUACUGUCCUGAGCCGGAACGCCUCUGCUGUUAAAGAUCUCCCCUCGGGUACUAAGAUUAUCCAGGUGGAUUAUUCCUCCCAAGACAGUCUUGUUGAGGCACUGCGAGGUCAAGAUGUCGCAGUCGCCACCUUUGGAUCUGCUGCUAUCGUUCAACAGCAAGGAAUCAUUGAAGCCAGUAUUAAGGCGGGGGUAAAGCGCUAUAUCCCGGCUGACUGGGGUUCCUUGACGACUGAUCCUAAAGCACGAUCCCUACCCAUCAAUUACCCAUUGAUCCAAGUCCAAACGCUCUUGAAAGAGAAGGCUGAUGCGGGUACGCUUGAAUACACGAUAUUUUCUGUGGGGGCCUUCCUCGAUUAUGUGCUGGAUUUCCCCUUCAUCCUUGAUUUAAAAACCUCUUCGAUUCAGGUUUAUGACAAUGGCGAGCAUCCUUUUAGUUCGACCAGCGUUCACAGCAUUGGACAGGCGAUUGCCGGAGCCCUAAAGGCUUCAGAUAAAACCAAGAACCGAAACUUAUUCAUUCACGAUGUUGUCUUGACCCAAGCCAAGGUUUUCGCUCUCGCAAAGAAGUAUAGCCCACCUGGAGUUCAGUGGACGGAGACUCGGCUUGAUGCGAAGCAAGAGUUUGAGCAGGCUCUUAAGAACUUGGAGAAGGACCCAACCGACUUCAACCUGAUCUUCCCGUUGCUUAAGGCCUCGCUAUUGGGUGGUCAAUUUCGCGCGGCCUAUCCUCAGGUUGACAACGAGCUCGUUGGCCUCCCUCUGCUGACGGACGAGGAGCUGGAAAAGAAAUUUGCGGCAAAGUUCCAGCAGGUCUGA